CAUCAGUGCCUUUGAAAUAUUACAAAACGGUUUUGACAUCUACCCCACUGCAAUUAUUCGUUUUUGACCUUAUUAUUUUUUUUGUAUAAAUAAACAAAAAUUGUUCGAUAUGUUAUCAUUUGAUUGAACCUCUUUAAAGUACAAGAAAAACGGUUGAAUUCGAUUCAAAAUGUUCCCGAAAUUGUUCAUCUUUGCUGCAAUCGUGGCUUUAGCUUUUGCUUCUCCAGUCGCCGAACCAAAAGCUGAUCCCAAACCGAGUUUAAUUGCUGCUGCGUAUACCGCACCGGUUGUAGCUGCACCUCUAACUACUUAUUCCUAUCCAUAUGCGUAUGCUAGUUACGUAGCACCAUCAGUUUACAGCGCCGGUUUGACCGCAUAUUCGCCUUAUACUGGAUCUUAUGUAGUUGUUUAA